GCAGCAGCAACCGCAGUGGCAGCAGCAGCAGCCACAGCAGCAGUGGCAGCAGCAGCAGCCACAGCAACAGUGGCAGCAGUUCCCACAGUCUCAGUGGCAGCAGCUGCAGCAGCCACAGCAGCAGUGGCAGCAGCAGCCGCAGUGGCAGCCGCAGCAACCACAGCAGCAGUGGCAGCCGCAGCAGCCACAGCAGCAGUGGCAGCAGCAGCAGCCUUGGCAACAGCCUCAGCAGUGGCAGCAGCAGCCACAGCAGCAGUGGCAGCCGCAGCAGCAGAGCAGCAGCAGCACAUGGGGAACCCAGCAAGCCUACCAGCAGCAGGCUUGGCCCCAGCAGCAGCAGGAACACCCCCAGCAGCAGCAUGAGCAGCAAGAGCAGCAGCAGCAACAGCAGGCAGCAGCUGGCGCUGAGCUGCAGCAGCAGGACGGCGCAGGCUUAGCUGACAACGCAUCAGCGCCGCUGCAGCAACAGAACUAG